AUGGCGGCAAAAAACAAACCAAAACUGGACAAGGCGUCAUUUUUCGCACAAAAACCGUCCAAGCAAAAUAAACCGCCGGAAAGGGAACAAGAUGGUGCCGAAGAAGGAGCGGAGGCGCAGACAUUGGACACAGAGAACAAAGCUCAGGCGGGGAGUGAGGGGCCAAUAACUGAGUCCAGAAUUAAAUCUCUGCUGGAAACCUCCCUGAUGCACCAAUUUAAAGAG